AUGGAGUCAUCUACAAGUCAGAAUCGUUUCACAUAUUUCUCAAACAACAAUGAAACCAGUGCCUUGCCCACACACAAAAUCGGAAUCAGAUAAAGUACCAACUGAAAUGUACGAAAACUAGUGAUGAAUUUUAAGGAUUGCCUAUUAAGUCGGAUGAAUUCAGGGACCUUGGCCAUGCGUUGCUCUGGGAAUAGAUUCGAAAUCGUGAUAAGGUCGAAAUCUUCUUAAGAUAUGGAUUAUUUCCACAAUUAGCAGCCAGAAUGAACAUUUUGCUAGGUUUGACAGGAACGGUUGAGCAAUAAUGUUCCGAAAGAAUCGAAAUCAUAGUGAGAGAUUACUAAAAGAAUGGAAUACGAUGGAAGACUAAGAUACAGUCAAAUCAGCAAAAAUAAGAAGAAAAUGUGUUAAGGAUCUAACCAUCUGUGAAUUUUGUGAUGUUUGUACUGCAUUAAACAAAUUGGUGUUAGCAGACCCAGCAAAUUGACCCAGAUGGCUCCUUAAUUGAUUGCCUUGGUUAAUUUGAUUUUGUGCCAUGUUAUGCUGAAGAUGUCCAGAUUGAAUCUGCCUGUUCUGGAAUUGUGGUUGUGCCAGUGACUGAGUAUACUGCAUCUGAUGCUGCCCAGAUACCUGAACCAACGAAAAUUUGUUGCGAAAUGUAAAUGAUUCUGAAAUUAAUUUAGAAACAGCAUCAAUUCUAAUCUUAAAUUUAAUUUCUAAAAAGCUACACAGCAACACUUUGAAUGGAAUUGAUAAAAAAAUCUAAUAAAAAAUAUACCGUCUGAAAUUUUUGCUGGGAUUGCCCUGGUAGAUCAUGUAACUGAGACAUUGUACUCUGAAAAAUUAAGAAAAAUUAUUGAAAUAUUUAAAAUCAAGACAAUAGAAAAUCUACCAUGUCAAAGCCAUAAAUUAUUCACACAGCGCAUUGAGCCCAAUGAUUCUAAGAGCCAACCUCACAAGUACCUGGAAUCCUAAAGCCAGAGGACCAGCGCACUGCCCCCCCUCAACCCUCCCCUUUUUUUUCGUUGUCCCUUCUUCUGGCAAACAUAACCCACCCAUCAAUCCUUCUUGCAAUCAUGGAAGGACCGUCUCUUCACCCUCCACCUGCCUCCCUUCCAUUACAUUUCCCCAGGCAGUGGUACUCUCUCGCAUCCCCAAACCAUUGCUAUCCCUAUCUCACUAAAUCAAAUGAAAAUAGAAAAGUUUACAUGGCCUAAUACACUUGCCACCGGAGAUUGUCUUAAUUGCUGCUGAGCAAGGAGUUGUUGCUGAUGUUGAGGUAACUGCACCAUCUUCUGCCUCUGUUGUUGCGGUUGUGUUUGUUGCUGA